UACGCCACCUGCCAUGUCCAAGCCUGCCAUGUCCGAGCCUGCUACGCCGCCUGUCAUGUCCGAGCCUGCUACGCCGCCUGCCAUGUCCGAGCCUGCUAGUACGUCUGCCAUGUCCAAGCCUGCCAUGUCCGAGCCUGUCCCAGCCUGCUACGCCGCCUGCCAUGUCUGAGCCUGCUACGCCGCCUGCCAUGUCUGAGCCUGCUACGCCACCUGCCAUGUCCGAGCCUGCUACGCCGCCUGCCAUGUCCAAACCUGCUACACCGCCUGCCAUGUCCGAGCCUGCUAGUACGUCUGCCAUGUCCAAGCCUACCACCGUGCCUGUCAUGUCUGAGCCUACGUCAUCUGAACAGGCCUCCAAAGACUUGCAAUUAACACUUGCGACACAUGAAAACAUUGUGCACGAAGCAAGCAAGCAUGGCUUCAUUUAUGUUGCCACUACAGAUGCAGGGACACUUAUCCUGGCCAAGCUCAAGGUCAUCAAAGUAGAUUGUUCAGUAUCCAUUCAAAUUGACAUUAACAAAGAUGGAACAUGGCAACUUAAGGUGCAGGGCAAGAAACUGUCUUGCUCCAAUCACGACUACCUCCAUGCAGAUCUGUCUCCUGUUCUGACUGAAUCCAUGUGUGCAAGUUUUUUCUUCUAUCUGUCACAUUGCCAUUUUUGCAGUGGAAAUGUUGGCUAUGAUGCACUUCUAAAUGCCAGGAGAGAGGGAAUGGACUUGGUCACAUUCAGGAAAGUAGAUGGUAGUGUAGCAGCGAAAGAGGAGGUGGGAACUGACAGCAGAACGAUUCGACAUGUAGACUGCCAAUUGCUUUUACCACCCAAUAGGAUGUCAGCAAGGUGUGACAGGUGUAUAACAUACGGCCACUAUUUACGUGGGGCAGUCGCAAAAAUCAGAGACAAACAGAACACAAGCAUUUCGCAUGAUUCCAAAAUACCCCACAAGCAUUUGUCAAGGGAGCAGCUUGAGGCGAAAGUCAAUGAUGCCCAGAGGGAAAAGAAGUACCAAAAGUCCUGUGCUGCCAAGAUCAGGAGCCGUGUGGGUAAAGCGGUUGAUACGGAGGGCUGUACAUUGAAUGAUUCCCAACACAGAUUCCUACAACAGAUCCUAGAAUCUUCGACGGCGAAGGACACCAUGGACACAACAUUUGCCAAGGACACACCACAACAGUUUCUGUUCCAGCAGCAAGUAGAAAGAGCCAAGCAACAUGACGCAAGAACCAUGAAAUGGCACCCAAUCAUGGUCCGUUGGUGCCUGGCUAUCUAUCACUCUUCACCUGCAACAUACAAGUUCAUUCGCGACUCCGGCUUCCUCUUCCUACCACACACCAGAACACUUGAUAGAUACAGCAAAUUCACUGAUCCUACCUCUGGAUUCAAUCCAGACGUUCUCAAGAAACUGCUGGAAAAAGCGAAGAUAGAUGAGUUACCUGAGUGGAAGAAAAAUGUCACCUUACUCUUUGAUGAGAUGAAGGUUAAGUCAAAUCUGGUAUAUGACAAGCGAACAGGAGAGCUGAUCGGGUUUACAGAGCUUGGUUCUAUCAACGAUGAGAUCAAAAGCUUUGAGAAGCGUUGUCAGAGCCAACAAGAAGAUGACACAAGCGGAGCUGACCCCGACCUGGCGACACAUGUACUAGCAUGUAUGGUUAGGGGAAUAUUCACUCCCCUUGAGUUUGUGUUCGCCUACUAUCCCUGUUGCACAUUCUCCAGCGUCCAACUUUUUCCAGUCAUCUGGGAUGCAACAGGUGUACUUACUGAGCUGGGAUUCCAUGUGAGAGCCUUCAUCUGUGAUGGAGCAUCUCCAAACAGAAGGUUCUACCGCCUCCACGGGAAUGAAGGGGAGAUGAUGAUAUACUGGGCGUGGAACAUCCACAGUGAAAAUGAAAAGAUCUACUUCUUCUGUGAUGUUCCACACCUGUUGAAGACAACAAGGAACAACUUUGAAAACUCUGGUGCCCACAGCAAAACCAGACAUUUACAUUACAACAAGCAACCCAUAAGCUGGCAGCACAUCAUAAAGCUGUAUGAGUGGGACUUGGGGCUCGACAGAGAAGCGGUGGGGUUGAGGAUGUUGAAAAAUCUCACCCAUGACCAUGUGUUCCUCACGCCAUCCUUAAGGAUGAGAGUGAGUCUUGCUGUGCAGGUCCUCAGUAAGUCAGUCUACCAUGGCCUCACCAUGCAGGGUCGCCACGACACAAUCUCUACAAGAAAAUUUGUCCUCAUGAUGGACAAAUUUUUCGACUGUCUGAAUGUGAAGAACACUGAAUCCAACAAACCUGUCCUGUAUCCAUACAGGAAUGUUCUGGAUGCCAGAUUUACGUGGCUGGAGGAGGACUUCCUGGGGUUCCUGAGAGAAUGGGAGGAGGAGGCUCAUGGAACUCCGAACCUAUCAAAGGACGACAGGAACCGAAUGUGCCUCUCUAAGCAGACGUUGGAAGGACUUCGCAUCACAGUUGCCUCAUUCACCACGCUGACCAAGGUGCUGCUCCAGGAGGAUGGUGUCCGGUACGUCUUGAGCGAAAAGUUCACUCAAGACCCCCUGGAGCAGCACUUCUCCAAACAGCGGCACCGUUGUGGGGCAAACGAGCACCCCACAGUGAUGGAGUAUGGCCGAAAUGAACUCAACAUCCUCGUCACUGGUGAGAUGGCUGCAGCUUUCAGGAGGCCAAACGGAAACUGGAGGGGAAGGGGAGAUCAUCAGGCACAAAUUGAUUUCUCUGAUAAUACACCGCUGCCAAAAAGGCCACGGAAAAGGAGUCAUCGUGGAUGCUACUCUAGCUUCACUGGAAAUGGGUGCAUCUACUGUGUGCCUUUUACGCAAAAGGCCCUCAAAUACCUGUCGUGUCAGGAACUGGUGCAACAGAGGACAGGGGGUCUUACACACACUAGUCAUCAAAUCCUUCCACAAAGCAAUGUAAAUCUUUCCUGAACACAAGAGGUAGUACUGUCUGAACAUAUGUUCAUAUGCAGCGCUACAUAAAGUCGCUCUGUCACCUGACACUAUUACAUCCCAUAAUAAACCACACAGGUUGCCAACAAA